CCGCCCACUUUCGUGUAAGGAAGUCAUCAUCAGAAGCUCUUCCUUCUUCCUGCGAUAUAAUAAUAAUAAUUUGCGGUGUUUCUCCGCUGGGUUCUGCUGGAUUUUCGCGUCGUAUUAAAUGAAUCAUUAUGGCCUCGACCUGCAGUGGCGUGGCGACGGAGCCUCCGGGGCUGGAGACGCAGCGGGCGGAGAUCGAGACGCUGAUGCGGGAAGAGGAGCUGCGGGUCGGGGAGAGCUGGUAUCUGGUGGAUUGUAGGUGGUUUGAGUUGUGGAAGGAAUAUGUGAAGACCGGAGACCAGAACUCCCCCUCUUUUCCUGGACAGAUUGAUAACACUGAACUGUUUGAGAAUUUAGAGACCUACCGUCUGAAGGAGAGGCUGGUGGAGAAUGAGGACUUUGUCCUGGUUCCAGCAGAAGCCUGGCGGAAACUGCUGUCCUGGUACGGCAUGGUUCCUGAGCAGCCCGCCCUGGAGAGAAAGGUUAUCGACCUUCCCAGCACUGUCAAAGUUGAGAUCUACCCUGUGGAAAUCUUCCUCUGUCUCCAUAGCAACAUGGAAGAGGUUGUGACAGAGCAGUUUAGCCGAACAGACACCAUAUAUACUAUUCAGAAUGUGAUGCAGAAGCAGUUUGAGGUAGAGGAGGAUGCAGAACCCAGAUUGUGGAUGAAGAGUUCGGACACCAGCUGUGAGAGGUUACGAAACACCCAAAUGACUGUACUGGACACCUGCCUGGCGCCCGGCAUGACGGUGAUAAUGGAGUUGAGGAAUGCUGAUGGCACCUGGCCCAGUUCCAGACCCCAGAUCAUGAGGAAUUCUGUGGAAGAGCAGGACACGUAUCGAGGGCAGCCUGGAGUGUGUGGUCUCACUAACCUCGGCAACACCUGCUUCAUGAACUCUGCACUGCAGUGUCUGAGCAACACGCCGCCCCUGACUGAGUAUUUCCUGAAGAAUUUGUUUCUGGGUGAAUUGAACUUCACCAAUCCUCUGGGCAUGAAGGGCGAGAUUGCAGAGGCCUAUGCAGACGUCAUCAAGCAGAUGUGGUCAGGCAGGCACUACUCAGUGGUCCCUCGUAUAUUUAAGACGAAGGUGGGCCAUUUUGCCUCCCAGUUUCUGGGCUACCAGCAGCACGACUCCCAGGAGCUUCUGUCCUUUCUGCUGGACGGCCUACAUGAGGACCUUAACCGAGUCAAGAACAAAGAGUAUAUUGAGCUCAGGGACGCCGACGGAAGACCAGACCAGGAAGUGGCAGAGGAGGCGUGGCGUAACCACAGGCGACGGAAUGACUCUGUGAUCGUGGACACUUUCCACGGGCUGUUCAAGUCCACGCUGGUCUGUCCAGAGUGCCAAAAAGUGUCGGUGACUUUUGACCCUUUCUGCUACCUGAGUGUACCCCUGCCCAUCAGCAAGGAGAGGGUGAUGGAGGUGUUCUUCGUUUCCCUCGACCCUCUGUCCAAACCUGUGCAGCAUAGAGUGGUUGUCCCUAAAGCUGGAAAAGUGAUUGAUUUGUGCACUGCCCUGUCUCAAGCAACAAACAUCCCCGCGAGUCAGAUGGUUGUGGCGGAUGUGUUUAACCAUCGCUUCUACAAGAUCUACCAGGUUGAUGAGUCUCUGAGCUGCAUACUGGACAGAGAUGACAUCUUUGUGUAUGAGCUGAGCAGUAGCUGUGUGGAUGAGGAGGAAGAGGAGGUGCUGCUGGCCGUCUACAUGCGCGAACGCUCCCACUACAGAGACUACGGCUCGGGGGGCAGCAACUACAGCACGUCGCUGUUCGGCCACCCACUGCUCAUGGCACUGCCACAGUCUCAGUGCACAAGAGAUGCCCUGUACCAGGUCUUCCUGCAGCGACUGGCGCGGUACGUUCGUCAGCCAGACCCAGCAGAGGAAGUGGAAGAAGAAGAGGAAGAGGAGGAAAAUGGUGAAGACAAUGAUGAAGAGGAGGAAUUAUACAGGAAUCAGCCCAAUGGAGUUAGUGGAGAUGAUAUUGAGGAAGAUUCCGAGACAGCAGGACCUUCCAAUAGAGUAGAGCAGCCUCAGGAGAACACUCAUGAUGUUACAGAAGACUCAGAGGAAGCUGGAACCUCCAAUACAGUAGAGCAGUCUCAGGAGAACACUCACGGUGAUGAACAGAACAACGCCCAAUCAGAACCUGGCUCGAACGGUGCAGAAGAGGAGAAGACAGAGGAGGAAGAGUCGAGUAGUGAACAGGACCGGGGCAGCAGCACAGAGGAGGGCCAGUCGGCCGGCGGCAGCACGGACACAAACUCCCAGGAUGCUGCAGAUGGGGAGCAAGGUGCAGCAGAGGCUUCUGGGAAAGAGGAAGAGGAGGAUGAGGAAGAGAAAGAUGAUGCUGAGCCCAUUGCUCAGGUGAAUAAGAAGGCUGUGAACAGGCGGCGCUGUGCAGAGAAGAAGCAGAAGCCGCUUUUCAUUAUUCAAGCCGUGAAUUCCAAUGGCACCACGGAGCGAGGGAUGGCAGACGGAGGGAACACUCUUUCUCUCAGCUCACCCCUGUAUGUGGCCAUCGACUGGGAUCCUGACAUGAAGAAGAAAUACUACAAUGAGAGUGAGGCAGAGAGGUACGACAAAGACCAAAGCAUGAAGGUCCCUCAGCAGCACACCACAGUGCAGCUGCAGGAGUGCAUCGAGCUCUUCACCACAGUGGAGACGCUGGAGGAGGAAAACCCUUGGUAUUGCCCUACGUGUAAGAAGCACCAGCUGGCCACUAAGAAGCUGGACUUGUGGUCUCUUCCUGAAGUCUUAAUCAUCCACUUGAAACGUUUCUCCUACACCAAGUACUCUCGCGAGAAACUGGACUCUAUCGUCGAAUUCCCUUUACGGUGUCUGGAUUUCUCGGGCUGCCUCCUGAGGAAAACAGGGACCGACUCUGAACCUCCCAGCAGAUACGACCUGAUCGCUGUGUCAAACCACUAUGGUGGCCUCCGAGACGGACACUACACCAGCUAUGCUCAGAACAAGGACAACGGACGAUGGUAUUAUUUUGACGAUAGCAAGGUGACCUGUGCAAAGGAGGAACAAAUUGUGACCAACGCUGCCUAUCUUCUGUUCUACCAGCGGCAAGACAAGAUCCGCUAUCCGACGCUUCCUCCACCGGAUAAUCACAUUGCUUCCUCCAAUCACGACAGCGUCCCCGGACCCAUGGACAUAGACUGAGACAGUCCCACUCUGCUGUUUGUUGUGUUUUAUUUUGUUUCCUUGCCUUCCUGCCGUCUCUCCCUCUGUAUUUGUGAUCUCUCCCACUCUCAGGUUAAUCAGGGAGGUGUUUUUGUUUGGUUAUUGUUUGUCUUUUUGUUCGUUUUCAAAGAAAAAAAAAAACUUGAACCUUCUGCCUCUUCUCCGACCGAGGCCGGAAGGUGGGAGGCGGGGGCUACUCUCUCUCAGGAAGAGGUUGAGGCAUCGUGGGUAGGGGACUCGUCGUAGUUAUUCCUUCUUAAAGGCGAUAAGCGCACAGGGACCGGUUGAGCCGGUGGAGCCAGGCUGGCGUACCGCAGGGUUUGAUUGCGCUGCUCCAUUUAUUAUUUUUUUCGUUUGUUUGUUUUGUUUGGUUAUUCAUGUGGGUUCUGCGCCGGAACUACGCAGGCUCGGGGUGCCACUCAGUCGCGAGUGCUUGAGGUUGACCUGUGGUUCAUCACUGCUUCUGAUUUUCAGAGCAAGAUAAGCAUUGAGCUGCUUUGCCUGCAGCCAGUAUUCUGGGCCUGUGGUGGUGAGGAUGUGGGGUGAACUAGAUCUGCUGCCCUUAGUCUGGCUUAACCCUGAAACCCUGAUCCAGACAUGCAGGUUCGAAAGUGAGGGACUAUGCACUGCAAAAAUGAUCUCUUAGCAAAUGAAAUGAUUAUACUAUACUAUCUACAUCUGGUUAUUUCUCUUAAAAACACUUAAAUGAGACACUUGAAUAAGUCACUAGAUAAAAUGAUAAAAAAAGAGGUUUAAAAAAACAACAACUCUAUGAACCUUAAUUAAUAUUAUAAUAUACUGAGAAUAAAUAAUUUGUACAAACAGUGAAUAUUGAAUAUAUAUAUAGAUAUUUUUAGUACAUUUAACAUUUAAAUUUACUUGAUGAUAUACAGCUCUAAAAAAAUUACGAGACCACUUCAGUUUCUGGAUCAGUUUCUCUGAUUUUGCUAUUUAUAGGUUUAUGUUUGAGUAAAAUGAACAUUGUUUUAUUCUAUAAACUACAAAUAUAUAAAAUUAUAAAAACUAUAACAUUUCUUCCGAAUUCCUAAUAAAAAAUUGUCAUUUAGAGCAUUUAUUUGCAGAAAAUGAGAAAUGGCUGAAAUAACAAAAAAGGUGCAGAGCUUUCAGACUUCAAAUAAUGCAGAGAAAACAAGUUCAUAUUUGAAUAACCCUGGUUUUUAAUCACAGUUUUUAUGCAUCUUGCCAUGUUCUCCUCCACCAGUCUUACACACUGCUUUUGGAUAACUUUCUGCUGCUUUACUCCUGGUGCAAAAAUUUAAGCAGUUCAGUUUGGUGGUUUGAUGGUUUGUGAUCAUCCAUCUUCCUCUUGAUUAUAUUCCAGAGGUUUUCAAUUUGGUAAAAUCAAAGAAACUCAUUAUUUUUAAGUGGUCUCUUAUUUUUUUCCAGAGCUGUAUAUAUCAUUUUUGCAGUGCAUCACCCAUGCUACAUUUUUGAUUUAGAGCCUACAUUUAGAUUAAGUUACACUGUUUGAAUAUUCUCUCUUUUUUAAAAGUCUAAAGCUGGGCUUAAUCUGAAAUAUUUAAUAUUAAAAAAUUUAAUUGGCCACUUCUCGUUUUAUACUUGGUAUAAGGAUGUUUCUUAUAAACUCCCUUAUAAAAAUAGUUAAAAUUUUGCCCUAGAUUUUCCCUCACAUUUUCAGAAUUAGACAUUUAAACUAAAGUGACUUAAACUUAAGCCCAAAAAAUGUGUUUUAAGAGGUAAAUUGACUUGAAUCAUGUUAUAAAGUGUCUAGAAACUUAUAAAUUCAUCAAAUAAUAUUUAUUUUGGUCAGAUAACUGUAGACACACUAGCUAAGUCUAGCUUUAGAUUUGAGUUACACUGUUGUUUGGAUAUUCUUUAAAAUAAGCUUAAUCUGAAAACACUGCGAAAAAUUACCACUAUUUUUCACACAUAUUUCUAUACAUAGUUUUAUACUAUUCUUAAAAGGGCAUUUAAUAAAAACUCCCAUAAAACAAAUAUGACAUUUUUGCUAAUAUCCUGAUAUUUCCCAAAGUAAUAAAUUUCCCAGAAAUUUAUAUAAAUUAUAUUAUUCUACUCAAAGUAUUUCAAAAUAAGAAAGAGUAGAUAUAUUGACUCGUAUUUAUACGAUCAUACUUGCCAAGAUAGCUUUUUUUUUUUUGCUGCAUCGUCAAACUUAGGUUCUAGGUUAUUGGAGUACAGUUUGUUCACUGUUUGGUGAUUUAUUUCUCUGCUGUAGUUAGCAUGUAGGAUAAACAUGGCUAAGUUAGCUAUUAUGCUAAAUGAGGCAUGUUUGAGCUGAGAAAUCACCAAACUGUGAAGAAAUCCAGCCCUUGGUCUAAGACCACUUUAUUUUUCGCACUAUAAGGCGCAUCGGGUUAUAAGACGCAUUUAAUGCGACACUAGUUAAAAAAAACAGAGGCGCCGCCAUGUUUUCUUUCUGAUUCUGCAGAUCUCACUACCCAGUUUAAAGCUAAGCUAAGUUGAGCUAAGUAAACAAAACUGUAAUUCUUAACAAAAGAAACAUGUUAAUUUAUAGCCAAACAAGUGCUGGAUGUUAAUUAACAGAGAUUUCUCUCCUGAAAACUGAUUAUUAGGGUGAGUAAAGCUCUUCUGGUUAUUUACAGUAAGCUCUUUUUCCAGGGUGAUAUUAGCUAGCGCUUCGUCCCACGUAGCUUGUUUUUUUGACAUGGUAAAUGCAGAGGCUACAGUCCCAUUAGCACGGUUAGUGGCUAAUGCUAAUCCUACUCUAGCAGUGCUAGCUGGGGUUAGCAUUAUGCUAAGGGCCAAUAAUUCUCACAUUCUGAACGGCGAAAGCUAAGCGGUUAGCGGCUAAUGCUAAUACAUUAGUCUUUGUGCUACAGAAACUUCACUGAAACGCUGGCUUUAUUGCUCCUUAAUACCUGACUGGUUAAAUUUAUACAUAAAGCACACCGAUUUUUGAUUAUGAUGCACUGACAAUUUUUGGGAAAAUUAAAGCUUUAUAAGUGCGCCUUAUAGUGCAAAAAAUACAGUAUGUUUAUCUAUUUUUUUUCUAUUUGAUAAUUGUUGCAUUAGCAAUCUGCCUUUUUAAUUCGGCUUCAGAAAACCUUUUCACACGUCCAGUCCGAGAUUUUGAUUGGUUGUUCUGUGUUUAAACUGUGUCCAGUUCGAGGGAUUGUGGCCGGUUGUGCUUUUUUGUUUUUGUCUAAAUGCUGGAAACCUGCUUUAAAGGAAGAUUUAAACCAAAAAUACUAACAAAAACUGAUUAAAUGAAUUAUUAAUGAAAGGCAAACUGUCCCAACGUUAGCUAGCUAACUCCAUUACUGUUAAGUGUAUGAGGGAUAUGCUAUGCUAUGUUAGCGAGGUUAUUAGCCUUUUAUUUGAUGUUAAUGAUGUUAGCAAUUUUGUUGAAUGAUUCCUCCUGAAUGGGUUGCAUAUAUAUAUAUAUUAUUUUUAUUUUUUGUUUGUUUAUUUGAUUGUUUUUUUGUCACUUAUAUCAGGGACAGAGCUGUCAGAAAUGUAACUGUUGCAAUAUGAUUUCUGUGAACCUCUAAACUUAGCAAAAGGAGCAGAAUAUUUUAGGUGACAUAGCUUUGAAUCACUCGCUCAUCAGCUAUUUAUUUUCUUACCUGCCGGACGCAGAAAAACGAGCGAGUUUUAAUCACACUUCCAGCACAUCCGUGUCUCCGCCUCCGCCGUCUCAAACACAUGCAGCAAUCAAACAAACGCUUUGGGAUCUUCCACGAUUUUUGGUUCCCAUCUUUUUUCCACUGGGACAGAAACUCUUUUGCAGGACACAAACGGGGACAUAUUUUUCAGCAAGAAUUUGUAUUUUUAUUUUUAAUGAAAGAGUUAAAAAAAAAACAAAGGAGGAUAUAAAUAUUAAGUUCUCUUUUUCAUCUUUUGUGUGCAAUUUAUAAUUAACUCUUUGGAGCGAUGAAAAUAUUUCAGUAAAGUGCUUUCUGGAUAGAGCUCUUAAUGAUUUUUAAAAAUGCAUCUGUACAGUAUUUUUGUAUUGUAAUAAAUAUCUUUGAUCAUAUGGAUUGGAUGCUUGGGGGUGGGCGAGCUUUCAUUUUUAUUUUGUUAAUAGAUGGAAUAUAUAAUUGUAUACUCAUGUUUUGAUAUGAAUAAAUGACAGUAUGUAGUAUUGUUGCAGAUUUUAAA